AUGUCGUCCGACCUCGAUAAGCAAAUAGAGCAACUGAGAAGAUGCGAGAUUGUCCCCGAGUCGGUGGUGAAGGAUAUCUGCACCAAGGCGAAGGAGAUCUUGAUGGAGGAAGGAAAUGUGCAAUACGUGGAUAGCCCAGUGACAAUAUGUGGGGAUAUACACGGGCAAUUUUUCGACCUCCUCGAGCUGUUCAAAGUAGGCGGGGAUUGCCCAAAUACGAGCUACAUCUUCAUGGGCGACUUUGUCGACCGCGGCUUCUACUCGGUCGAGACCUUCCUCCUCCUCCUAAUCCUCAAAGUCCGAUAUCCAGACCGUAUCUGCCUUAUCCGGGGAAACCACGAGUCCCGCCAAAUCACCCAGGUCUAUGGUUUCUACGACGAGUGUCAGCGGAAAUACGGAUCGGGGAAUGUCUGGCGGUACUGCUGUGAUGUGUUUGAUUAUCUGAGUUUGGGGGCGGUGGUGGAUGGCCGGGUGUUUUGCGUGCAUGGGGGGUUGAGUCCGCAGGUUGCCAGGCUGGAUCAGAUAAGAUCUAUAGAUCGGAAGCAGGAGGUACCGCACGAGGGACCGAUGUGCGAUCUCUUAUGGUCAGAUCCAGACGAAAUACAAAGCUGGGGAAUGUCACCGCGCGGCGCUGGAUUCUUAUUCGGCUCAGAUGUCGUCGACCAGUUCAACCACAAUAACGAUAUCGAGCUGAUAGCGCGGGCACAUCAGCUGGUCAUGGAGGGGUUCAAGUUGAUGUUCGACCGCAAGAUUGUAACAGUCUGGAGCGCCCCAAAUUACUGCUAUCGAUGUGGAAAUACAGCUUCUGUGCUCGAACUAGACGAGAAUCUCCGGCAAGAAUACAAAGUCUUCGAAUGCGCACCGGCCGACGCCCGGACAAUACCUCAAAAACGGCCGCUCAUGCACGAGUACUUCUUAUGA